ACGGGGCGGCAUUUCCCGUGUUUGGGACGAUCGGCCGGCCCCGCCGGCGCCUGUUGCGGCUUCAGGCCUUCCGCCACCCAACCACCACGACGCCCACGCUGUACUCUCUGCUUCCACUAUACAGUCUUCACACACAAGUCACCCAAUCUACCCAGAAGCCCCCUGACCGCUAUGUUCGAGCCUGUAAGAGGCGGCACGCGAGGAGGCCAAGCUGAGUUCAAGUGGGCCGACGUUUCAGCAGACAAGGACAGAGAAAACUACCUAGGCCAUAGCGUGAACGCACCGACAGGGCGGUGGCAGAAGAACAAGGACAUCCACUGGUACAACCGCGACCUCAAGCAGUCGGAAGCCGACCGAGCUGAGGAAAUAAGGAAGGUCAAGGAAGCAGAGGCAGAGGCUCUUGCUGCGGCACUGGGAUUCGCAGGAGGCCCGAAAGCAAGCAACUCCGGCGCCCCAGGCACGGGUGCCAACGCAAUCGGGGUCGCGCCCAAGCCAGAUGACGCAGCACCGCCCUCGCCCCCACGGGAGCUGGAGAAAGAAGAGAAACGGCGGCGCAAAGAGGAGCGCAGACGUGAGAAGGAGGAGAAACGCCUGCGGAAGGAGAAGAAGCGCGUCGAGCGGCACAAGCAUGGCCGCUCACGCACGCCGGAUGACAAGGACGAGGACUACCGCAGUAGGGAUCGUGCGCGCUCGAGGUCCCGCUCGCCGUACCGGCGCGACAAGGACGAGGGCAGGGAGCGCGGGAGGUAUGGCAGGGGGUCGGGGAGUCGGUCGAGGACGCCGCCUGCGAGGAGGCCUGUGGGCGACUAUGGCGAGCGGGAGAGGGAACGUGAUAGGGAGCGGGAUCGGCGACGGUGGGAGGAUAACGCGCGGAGGGACCGGCCGGGCGCGUCGUGGGGUCGGGAUUGACGGUCGACGGUGCUUCAAUUCGUCAGUCCUUGUGGAACGGGGAUUUGGUCGGUUCGGGUGCGUGGUGUGAUGUUCUACUAUGCUAUGCUGUAAGAUGCGCUCGCGCAGAAUGCCUUUCGUCAGUCAGAAGCAGCUUUACACACAUUCUCCUUCUCAAGGCGAACAUCUGCUCUAGGUUCUGGACUAUGUACUGGUGAUCGCCGG